ACUAUAAAUAUAAAUAUAUAAAAGUGCAGCGUGACAAACUUAUUGUGUCUCUAACAAAAACAAUGGCAACGAGGCGAGAGUUCAAGGUUCUGGCGAUUGCUGCCAUUUUAGCAGUGUUAUCUUCCACAAGUGCAUCUUCCUCACCAGUACAAAUAUCACGCCAAAAACGCCAACUAUUCUUCCCCGGUCCUGUCAACUUCAACACACCGCCCCCAAGACCCCCAAGACAGAACCAGAACUUCCGGAGACCUGGACAACAAAAUUUCAAUACAAAUCAGAACUUUCAACAAGGUUUCAACAAUCCUAAUUUCAAUAAUCAGCCUAGGCCUGGUCAAGUAAAUUUCAACCCGAGCGGUGGAAAUUUUAAUCAGAAUCAAAGACCAGGUGGUGGAAAUUUUAAUCAAAACCAAAGACCAGGAAGUGGAAAUUUUAAUCAGAAUCAAAGACCAGGUGGUGGAAAUUUAAUCAAAACCAAAGACCAGGAAGUGGAAAUUUAA